AUGCAUAUGUCUACACUUGUAUCUGCUAUUCUUAUAGCACUCUAUUGUGUUAACUUUGUCUCUGCUAUUGAUAGUGGUGCCGAUUGCCAAUGUAUAUGCAGUAUAUCAACAAGGAGAGGUGCACGUAGAGCAGUGAAUAUCGGUUCAUCGAACAUAGAAACUGCUCCAUGUGACGAUAACAAAUGUGUUAAAGCCUGCAAAGAUGCAUAUCCAUUAUGUGAAUCGAGUAGAGGUGUGAUGCAAGCUUUAUGUAAAAGAUCUAGUGAAGAACCAACAACAACAACAGCUGCACCAGAAACAACAACAACAACAGCCGCGCCAGCAACAACAACAACAACAGCUGCACCAGAAACAACAACAACAACAGCUGCACCAGUAACAACAACAACAACAGCUGCACCAGAAACAACAACAACAACAGCUGCACCAGUAACAACAACAACAACAGCUGCACCAGAAACAACAACAACAACAGUUGCACCAGUAACAACAACAACAACAGCUGCACCUACUACAACCACACAAGGGUAA